CUGCUGUUUGUUCCCUACCUCCUCCUGACACUUCUCGUGCUGCUACAGAGGCUGAGGGCAAACAAACGCUGAAACCAUGAGGAACACACUGCUGGGGAUGCUGGCCGUUCUGCUGUGUGCAUUGGCUGCCUGUGCUGAAGUUGUGCCUGUAGCAGACUUUGACCUGCAGAAGAUGGCAGGAAAAUGGUACAUGGUUGGUUUUGCCACUAACUCUGAGUGGUUUGUGAACCACAAGGCUGAGAUGAAGACGGGCACUGCUGUAGUCGUCCCAACUGAUGGAGGAGACAUAGACCUCACCUACGCCAACUUAAAUUCUGAUGGUGUCACCUGCUGGAGAAUGACUCACCUGGCCAGGAAAACUGACACUCCAGGCCGAUUUACCUUCCACAGCCAGAUUUGGAACAAUGACAACGACAUGCGAGUUGUUGACAUCGUGUACGACGACUAUGCUCUGAUCCACACAAUCAAGACAAAGAAUGGAGUGUCUGAGGUUCUCAACAAGCUUUACAGUCGCACUCCAGAGGUCAGUGACGUCCUGCAGCAGAAGUUCAGAGAGUUUUCCCUACAGACUGGCAUUGCAAGUGACAACAUCGUUAUUCUGCCUAAAAACGGUGAGUGUCCGGAGUAGUCCUCAAGAGACCUCUACUGUCCUCCAUCCUCCAACGAAAGCUUCUCCCUCCUCCUGUGAUAUCUGCUGCUCCAUGAAGCUAGACCUGAGACAAAGACAACUCAUGCAUUUUACUCAAAUCCCUGCUGUGCACCAAAGACCAAAACCUAAUCCUAAGGCAAACCUCGUCCCCUUCAACUUGCACAAUAACUGCAGCGUCUGAGUGGCUAAAGGGACAAAGGGAAUGACUGGAUAAGACUGUGGAAGCUGCUAGUUUACAUUUUGUACAUGCAAAUCUUUUUUCUCAGACUGCUGAUUUCUUUUGUAUGUUGUGUUGCAAUUAUUUCAAAUCCAAUAAAAAUGAUUAAUCAAUGCUUCA